GGCGGCGCAGGGGAAACCCGCAACUGACAUCUCUCACGCAACUAUGCCAGCGAUCUGCCGUCUGUGACCAGAGAGAGGGAGAGAGAGAGGCUAUGGACGUGCCGGAGGAUGAGACGCUGCUGGAGAACCAGACGGAGCGGCACGGGCCAGAGCAGCCGAGCCCGGGCGCAGCGCGUCCCGCCUGGGCGGUCACGGCGCUGGCCAGCGUGCUGAUCUUCACCACCGUGGUGGACGUCCUGGGAAACCUGCUGGUCAUCCUGUCCGUGCUCAGAAACCGAAAACUACGGAAUGCGGGUAAUGUGUUUGUGGUGAGCCUGGCCUUCGCGGACCUGGUGGUUGCUUUCUACCCCUACCCCCUGGUGUUGUACGCCAUCUUCCACGACGGCUGGUCACUGGGUGAGACCCAAUGCAAGGUAAGCGGCUUCCUGAUGGGCCUGAGCGUCAUCGGCUCCAUCUUCAACAUCACGGGCAUCGCCAUCAACCGGUACUGCUACAUCUGCCACAGCUUCAGCUACGACAAACUGUACAGCUACCGCAACACGCUGCUGCUGGUGGCGCUCAUCUGGCUGCUGACCAUCAUCGCCAUCGUGCCCAACCUCUUCGUUGGCUCCCUGCAGUACGACCCGCGGAUCUACUCCUGCACGUUUGCACAGACUGCCAGCUCGUCGUACACCAUCACGGUGGUGGUCAUCCACUUCUUCGUGCCCAUCGCCGUGGUCACCUUCUGCUACCUGCGCAUCUGGAUCCUGGUCAUCCAGGUGAGGCGGAGGGUGAAGACCGAGGUGCGUCCGCGCCUCAAGCCAAGUGACCUGAGAAAUUUCAUCACCAUGUUCGUGGUGUUCGUGUUGUUCGCCAUUUGCUGGGCGCCGCUCAACUUCAUCGGGCUGGCCGUGGCGAUCGACCCCGAUUCCGUGGUGCCCCGCAUCCCCGAGUGGCUCUUCGUGGUCAGCUACUUCAUGGCUUACUUCAACAGUUGCCUUAACGCCAUCAUCUAUGGCCUGCUCAACCAGAACUUCCGCCGGGAGUACAAGCGGAUCAUCAUGUCCGUGUGGAUGCCGCACCUCUUCUUCCAGGAGACGUCGCGAGGGGGCACCGAAGGCAUGAAGAGCAAGCCGUCCCCGGGACUCAACAACAACGAGCAAGUGAAAGGAGAGACCCUGUGAUGCCAUUUCUCCUCUUCUUUCAUUUUCUCAUCCCCCCUCUUUCCCGCCCUCCUCGUCUGCUGUGCUCUCGUGUGCAGUGCCACCCAUCAUAUGUGCCAAAGCAAUGAACUCCAGAACUCCAGGCAGCAAGUGUGAGCAAGGCUUUAAUAGG